GCAGGCGGGAGGUGGUUUGAAAGAUGGCGGAUGAAGUGGACCAGCAACAAACAACAAAUACUGUAGAGGAGCCACUUGAUCUCAUCAGACUCAGUCUAGAUGAGCGAAUCUAUGUCAAAAUGAGGAAUGACAGAGAGCUUAGAGGCAGACUACAUGCAUACGAUCAGCACUUAAAUAUGAUUUUGGGUGAUGUGGAAGAAACUGUAACUACAAUAGAGAUUGAUGAAGAAACCUAUGAAGAGAUUUAUAAAUCUACCAAAAGGAAUAUUCCGAUGCUCUUUGUCAGAGGUGAUGGCGUUGUGCUUGUAGCUCCUCCAUUGAGGGUUGGUUGAAGAAACAAAGAAUUUAACCUUGUUGGGAAAGUUUCAGACUUGGACAAUGGUUCAUGUUUCAGUCAUGCCUCAAAAUUCUGUCCAUGGG